AUGUCUGCAACUCCGCGAAUUGACGAAAAGAACUUCGGUGAGUCCAUUGGAAUUCGCACGAACAAUUUGCCACAAUUGGAGGAGUUAGGCCCCCCAGAUCUGGUGCACCUGUCGCGUUAUCACAAGUCCACAAACUCAGAUUCGGGUGCCUAUCACUAUGUCACAGGCCUUGAUGUUUCCGCGACAGCGGCCCCUAUUGCGUAUUUGACCACCGUUCAAUUGAGCAAUACAAAGACGAAGACAUCGUCUUCAGCUAGUGCCUCUGCUCAUCCCCAGGUUGGGACUUACUGUGCCUACAACUGCUUCUCAAAGGGUGACUUGCGAAUUCGAAUGGAAUUCCCCGGGGCGGUAGCAACUACGCAAUUCAUAUACGCCGAUCGCAAGAAAAAUACGGUUCAUGGAGAUCUGAAAAGCUCGAUUUGGCAGGAGACUACGGCCUCGUGUUUGAUCAGAAGUGUUCUUCUUGGUGACGACAUCGCAAGACAGUUACCGGGGAUGGUCAAAUUCAACCCAAUUGCAUCCACACACUCAGCAAAGACUGCAGUUGAGGUUUUGGUUCGUCAUCUGCCGAAAGGACCGCUCUGCGGUGCUUCAGACAUCCACCAGAAACCCACUUUGCUCCAGAACCAUUUGGUGGAUGCUCUAACGCGACUGGUUUCUCUCACAAAUCUCCAGCAAUUUGCGAUAGACCAGAUUGAUGCGUUGAGCGCUUCUGGGCAAAUCCCUGAUGAAUUCAGACUGUUAAAGGUGAAGUUACUUUUCUCUCAAAACAGCGAGGUGGAAGCUGUAAAAGAGAUGCACGAAGGCUUGAUUCAAAAUCCUCGCGACGGGCUUCUUCUUAACGAACAGGCAAAAUACCUGCUUUCAAAGGGAAGGCCUGAUUUGGCUCUCAUUCCUGCCACUAGAGCGGUGGAGUCUCUACCUGCUGAGUUUGACUGUUGGGCCACACUUGUGGAAGUCCAUUUCUUCAAACUGGACUACUCUUCAGCCCUGUUGGCUCUGAACUCAUGUCCCAUGUAUUCGCCAAGAAAGAAAGAUAUCUUCAAGGCAAUUGACCCGGCCGAUUUCUCCUUUCCUCUUCCCGCGGACGGCUCCUAUGACGAAAUUUGGAAGACGGCUGAAUCGUCUGGAUGUAUCUCUGGAGUUGGAGGGCCAGUAACAUUUGCUCCAGCUUCAGAGAUUGGUGCAGUAGACCCUCUGUUCUUGAGAAUAUACCAGGCUACUUUACUUCAGCCGACUUUCAAAAGGGCCUACGAUUUCCUGGCUGUUUUGACGAGACAAAUUGGCUGGGACGAAUUGCUGCGUUUGCGGUCACAUGUGUUUGUGAUGGAAGACGAAUAUCGUAUAACACUCCAAGAAGAGUCCAAGUCCAAACUGAACCUUCUAACUCCAGAAGCUGCUAACGGCAAUGGCUACAAUCAGGAAAGAUCGCCUUCUCCCAGACGGAGAAGUAGUUCACAGGUCGAGAGGUUCCGCAAGAAAAGACUGUGCGAGAGAUGGCUAGACACUUUAUUUAUCGUCCUUUACGAUGAUCUCAGGGUCGUUCUGAAAUGGGAGUCUGAUCGAAGAUCACUCAAUCCGAGCGAUAUCAAGCAUUCUGCAUUGGAGUGGGAGCUGCUCGGAUUGAGCUCAUUUAGAACUCACCAUCUAGAAGGAGGAGUCAGUGCUUUGAAAACUUGUCUCAAUGCCAGAUUCGACAUCUUUGCUGCUACUGUUCUGCUGAACCAUUAUGUUGAAACUCAGAAGAACGGCGAUCGCUUCAAAGGACUGAACUCCAAGGCCCGUAAGGAGGCUUUCCUGGAUGCCGAUUAUGUGCUUGAGCUAGUGACAAAAGUGGCUGCAUGGAAUUACCGUUGGUAUGGUGAUUUCUCGCCUCUGGUACUGGAUGUUCUCAAGUUGCUCGUCGAGUAUCGCGGUACUGUUUCGCUGAGUAGUACUGUUCAUUCGAAGUUUGAUAAGGAGACGAUUCCGGUCGUGAUUGACCGUGACAUUGCUUGGUUGGAGCAGUUUGAGGUGGAAAUUUGA